GUCCCACCGCCUAAACCCACCAGACCACCUAAGAUUAUGUGGAAGGAAACAACAAGCCCUGCCCUCAGUCCUGUAGAUACAGAAGAUAAAAGUAUUCUCGAAGUCGCUGCCAUGAAGGUUGAUAAAGAUAAAAAGGUCCAGAUUGAUGUCGGCAUGAAGAAAUACAUUACCGGUGAAAUGUAUUAUGUUGCUACUGUAGAUUACACUCCUACAAACUUUACUGACCUUUCUUUUUCUUGUGGAGAGAAGAUCACAGUCAUGAAGCGAAUUGAUGAGGAGUUACUCUUUGGAAGAAAUGAGGAGGGUGAGGAAGGUCCAUUUCCAGAAAAGUUUGUAAAACUUGAGUCGAAUUCAGAUAAUGAGAACAAUUCAAACUCUGUAGCUAUCAUGAAUCAUUACAAUACAAACCAAAGUAACAAUAUUAUUUUUGAUGUUGAUAAAGCAAUGGGCAUGCAUUUACCAACUCCAUUUGAGUUUACACAAGACAAACAUGUAAGCACUACAGAUACAAACUGUGUGCGGGCAAAAUAUGAUUUUGUUGCGAAAAAUGAAGACGAACUGUCAGUAAAAGCUGGAGAUAAACUUGAACUUAUCUCUCGUGUCGACUCUGAUUGGGUAAAAGCGAAGUGUGAAGGAAUAUUAGGAAUACUUCCUGUUAACUUUGUUAACCAUGACUGUUCUCAGCUGCCACUAGAACAGAGUAUAGCAGAUACAAACAAUAUUAAUCUACAUUGUAAACAAUUGCCAUCUGAAGUCAACACCACUGCAGUUGCUCGUUACUCUUUUACUGGCCAAGAUGACACAGAAUUAACCUUUCAUCAAAAUGAUGUUAUCCACAUUUUAGGGAGCAUCAAUGAAGAGUGGUUACAAGGUAGUCUGAAUGGGAAAAAGGGCAUUUUUCCGAGCAAUUUUGUGGCAAUGUCUUAAAUAAAGUUUUUCGGCUAAAAUACUUAAGAAAACAAUUAGCAACAGGAACUGUAUUAAUCUCAACUACCUAGCUUUUCUCAAACUCAAUGAAUAGGAUUAUUCCAUAUUUAAAAAAAAUGUUUCUAAUUUGCAGUUACUUGUGUAGAGUAAAGGGCAUUUGCUGCUUUUAUAACUUUGUCUUUAAAUAUCAACUGUGUUUUAGAAUAAUUGAAUGUAUUUUUGUCAUUUUAUAUUCUUUUUACACUUGACUUCACUAAUUGUUUACUCGUAAUGGGCUGCAAUUUUCUUCUUUUUAUGUAGUAGCGAGUAGAGUUUGAUGCUCUCACAGUAUAUUUGUUGUUUCCAGUAUUUCAGCACAGUUUUAACACAGUCGGGCUUUGAUAAACAAAUGAAAAGAACAAGACAGAAUGCUCAACCAAAGUGUAAAACUGUUGCUAAAAUAAUCAUUACUGACAAUUUACAUGGUGUUUUCUUAUCUCAUUCACCGGGGCCAUUUUUUCUGUUUUUAGUAAUAUUAAAAUAAAAUGAUUGUAAUACUGUUCAUUGUGAAACCUUGAUUUAAAAUGUGUUUUUGUUUUGAAAUUUCAGUGUUAGCGAACGUUCCACAUUCACAGUUCUUAACUUUGGUACCCUAUUAAUGCUGUUGUUAAUUUUAGUUAUCCUUUGCCUGCUUGUUAUUUUAAGGCUACAAUUAAUUGCGCCAUCAGCCUUUUGUUUUUAAUCUAUACUAUAAUUGUGUAAGUGCAAUAAAAUGAAAACCUUUU